ACUUAAUUGUAAGGCUUAUUUGAUUUUGGAGGUGUUGUACCUCUUGCCCUAUUUCUUGAAAAGAGUUGUACAUUAAAAGCCGGCGCAUUUUAGCGUACCUUCUCGACCGUUUGUACAACUCCAUGUACUUACACGUAUCUUUCUCCACAUCUUCCGUCUUCCCGAAACAGCAAAACAAGCAACCAUAAAAAAAUCUCUUCUCUUUUUUUUGGGUCUUCAAUUUGCAUUCUUUAAUUGCUUCACAUGAAUGUUUCAUUAUUUUAUUUCAAAACAUCCCAUGUUUCCACAUUCCUGCUUGCUACCUCAGGAGUGUCGUAUGGGAUUACCUUAGGAUUUUGGUUGGAGGAAUUAUGCCAAAUGUUGAACCUAUUGGUGAGAGUGCUGGGGUGGUAAAGGGAUAAGAGUUUAUUUUGUAACGUAUUUCGGCAGUCUUUGAGUCAAGGGUAUUUCCUGAAUCUAAGGGUGUGUGAUGAGGGCAGCAUUUGAAAAUGUCGAAAAGUUUGUUAUAAAUUUGGUUCAGUAGCUGGCAAGAUUAUCGCAACAGGAGGUGUGGAGAGGAUAAGUCGAUAAUUAGCUGUCAUAGCGACAUUUGUUUCAUUCGUUUCUGGCAGGGGAGUUAUUCAUACUCGAGGAGUUUAUUAGGACUCUAGUCCAGGUAUUGUUUUGGGACUUGGGAGGGAAACAAAUAUAUCUUUUUGUGUCUUUGGGUGUCGAGAAUGGGGCAUUCUGCAGCAGUUUGGGACCAUAGAGCUUCUCUUGAAUUGAUAAAGGACUGGAAUGGGAUCGACCAAGUUGUGCUUCGGAACCCUCAAGGGGCGUCUGCACGAGUGAGCCUGCAUGGAGCACAAGUUAUCUCAUGGAGGAAUGAUAGAGGCGAAGAACUUCUUUUCACCACUAGUAAGGCCAUCUUUAAGUCUCCAAAAGCAAUGCGGGGAGGCAUCUCUAUUUGCUUUCCGCAGUUUGGGAACUGUCAUUCGCUCGAGCAGCAUGGAUUUGCCAGGAACAAGAUUUGGACGAUCGAGGAUGAUCCUCCUCCGCUGCAUCCAAACGACUCUCUUGGUAAAUCCUUUGUUGAUUUCCUACUUAAACCCGUUGAAGAAGAUCUGAAGUUCUGGCCUCACAGCUUUGAGUUUCGCCUUAGAGUUUCUCUGACAUCAGAUGGAAACUUGAUACUGAUAUCGCGCAUCAGGAACAUAAACGGGAAACCUUUCAGUUUCUCUUUGGCUUAUCAUACACAUUUUGCUGUUUCUGACAUUAGUGAAGUGAGGAUAGAAGGUUUAGAGACGCUGGACUACCUCGACAACCUCUCUCAAAGGGAACGAUUCACAGAGCAAGGCGACGCCCUAACAUUCGAAUCAGAGAUAGACCGUGUUUACCUAAGCUCGCCCAAAUGCGUUGCUGUUCUUGAUCACGAGAAGAAACGAACAUACGUUAUCAGAAAGGAAGGGCUACCUGAUAUGGUCGUGUGGAAUCCAUGGGAGAAGAAGUCGAAAGCAAUGGCAGAUUUUGGCGACGAAGAAUAUAAGCAGAUGCUAUGUGUGAAUGCAGCAGCAAUAGAGAAGAACAUCACCCUGAAACCAGGAGAGGAAUGGACGGGGAGAGUCGAGCUCGCAGCCGUACCUUCAAGCUUCUGCUGCGACGAACUCGAACCUCAUCUCGACUACUUUUAAUGCUCGACUUGCGAUUGUUCGUUCCUUCAAUUUUAUCGAAGCCUAUGGUUUUUUGGAAACGGCUGAUAAAAUAUUUGGUUGUGAAGGGAUUUGAGGCAUUUAGUUUUAUUCUCUUUUAGCUAAUCACUGUGCUCAAUAUUGUGUUUUUGAUGCACUCUGAUUCUGAACAAAUCUAGUUUGUGAAGUGGUGCUUUUCAGAUACAAAUUAUAGCAUCAAUUCUAAGUUGCAAACAUUUGAUUUCCAUACUUAAAUAAGAAUGCACACAAAUUAUAGCAUCA